AUGCAAGUCAGUGACAUCAAGUUCAUGACAAAGGGCGGCAUGUAUCUAUUUGUUCUGCACCCGACCACGGCAGCUGUCAUGCACUUAUCUAAGCACAGGACAUUCGAAGCGUCAGGAGACGGAGAAGUCAUGAGGAUCGUAAAGGACGUUCAGCCGGGGCGGGUCCUCAUCUUGGCCAGUAUGCACGAGGGGUUCAUGCAAAUGACCAAAACCGUGGAGACUUUCCUGAAGCAGCAGGGUUCCGGGGUUAUCUCGGACAUGGCUAUGGGUGACAGAUGGGCGUGGAUAUGGACGAAAGGUGGGCGCACGUGGGCGGAAGGGGCGGCCUUCACCACUCAAGAGGAAAACACUUUCUUUCUGCAAGGUUCGCCGGUCCACUUGUACGCCAGCCUACCCCGUCGGCCUGAAAACGGUGUGUAUUAG